AUGUUCUUUGUGGCAGGGGCCAGAAAUACAGCAGGAUCAGGAAGAGGAAAUGAAAGGAGGACAAUUUACCAGAAAUUUCGAGAGGUAGAUAUAUUGGACAAGAAGAAGACGGUGACCGCUCUGAAGCCCGGAGAAGAUCGGGCCAUUCUUCUGGGACUUGGGAUGAUCCUCUCUUCAGUCAUGAUGUACUUUGUCCUGGGUAUCACCAUAUUGCGGUCCUAUGCAGACAGCAUGUGGACAGAGGAGGGUGUGUGUAUUGUUCUCAACUCCACGGUCACAGCAGACAUGAACUGUUCCUACAGCUGUGGGUCAGACUGCUGGAGGAUAUCCAGAUACCCUUGCCUGCAGGUCUAUGUGAGCGUCAAUAACACAGGCCGUGUCAGCCGUUUAUCUCACAAUGAAGAGACCCAUGAUGCCAGCUCUGAAUGUUUCUAUGUGCCCAGGUGCCAGAAGGACAGCACAGCCAUGCACGCCAUGAUUUUGAACAUUUCCGAGCGACUGAAGGCGAACCAGCAGGUCCCGUGUUACUACGACCCCAGCGAGCAGCAGGAGAUGACUCUCUUGAUUCGCCUGUACGACCACAGCGCCGUCUUCCACUCGCUGCUCUGGCCGUCUUGCACGCUCACAGGAGGGGUCCUAAUCAUCAUGAUGGUGAAGCUAACACAGUACCUCUCCAGACUGUGUGAACAGAUAGGGAAGCUCAAGACGUGA